AUGAUCGACCCAGGUUAUGUUAUACUCUUCUUGGGGUUAUCGAUUUCCUUAUUGUUGUCCCGUAAGCAUGUUGUUUCAUUAAUUUCAUCGUUCAGAAGCAAAACUGCAGCUGUCGAUGAAGAAAAGGCAAGAAGAAAUCUGUAUGGAAGCGAUGAACCAUUAAAGCCUCCUACUCCCUUGAUGAUUACUCCAGAACAAGUUCUGAACUUUGACGAUAGACCAUGGAGACCAUUCAGAUGGCCAUAUCACCAGACUAUGUCUAUCUUCAAGUUGGAUAUGAACCACUGGUUGGACAUGGACAAGUACUACGUUCACUACAUCGAAGAAAAGAAGAGAAUUAUCCAAAAGUAUGGCAAGGAAAACAUCGACUGGCUACCUGACAGUGAGGAUGCCACUUUUGAACUCAUGCAAACUGUUGUGGAUCACCUCAUUGUUAGAUAUCCAUUGUUGUUCACUGUUUUGAAGGACGGGGACUUCUACGAAGGUAAGGGAAAGAUUAUCAAAAACGAGAUCACGAAAGAGAUCUUGGACAUGACUUUACCUUUGAAGGAACAUCCUUUGAUGUAUGUGACAAAGUUGGCCAAGGAAGAUUUCUACAUUGUGAAGAAGAACCCUGUGGAUGAUUUACAUUACUUGGUUGCAGCUGCCGUCCCAUUCCCUGGUGGAUCUUUCGGAGUUGACCACAAGAUUGGUAAGACAUUGGAUGUGAUUCACCUGGACGUUCCCUACUACAAGGAAAAGUUGAAGAAAUCGAUGGAAAGAUGGUUUGACAGAAUGAAGCCCAACGAUCCUGUGGAAAGAGCUAGCUGGUAUAUCUCUUGGGAUCACAAGUUGAAGGUCAACAAUGUGUACCAAUUACCAAAAUACGUACCUAAUUUGGUUGCAGACUUGGAAUCCACCGACCCUCGUGAAUUUAAUGUUAGAGUUGAAAGACAGACGUUGAGAAGACUUCCAAGGUCGAACGCCAUCAUCUUCACCAACCACCCCAUCUUCUACUCGAUUGAAGAAAUGAAGGACGAACCUCUUGUUCCAUCGUUGAUUAAAAAGAUCAUAUACGAGGGUCCCAAGGAUAUCAUCAAGUACAAGAACUUCGAAGUGUUCAGAGACCACAUUGCUUCUUACCUUGACGGCUUGAUAAAGAGACAGAUAGACAAGGGUAUUAUCAAGGAAGACACUCCAUUAAAGACGUUGCCCUCGUAUCCUUUUGCACACUGGGCCAAAACUGACUUUGACUUUGUCAAUGGCUGGAACAACCCCAGUCCUGCGUACGACAAGUCUGCCAACUACAGCGAGAAGGCCAAGAAGGAGUUGGUACAUCAGAAUGAUUAG